CAAUCUUACAUAGCACACCUCACUGAAGAAACGGCACCGUAUAAAGAGCAACAACGCGGCUGACUCUUAUUUCAAAAUCCGAAGUCGAUAGCCACCGUUUCCCUCUCAAAAAUGGCGACAACAAGUAAAAUGAAAGUGGAGGAGCUACGAACGGAGCUCAAUCAACGUGGACUCAUCACCACCGGAACCAAACCUACUCUUGUCCGUAGACUUCAAGCAGCGCUUCGCAAAGAAAAUCAGUUAACGACUCCCGAUGCCGAUGCCGAUGCCGAUGCCGAUGGUUCUUCCUCUCUUGGAAAGAGACCAAGGGAUGAACAUUCCAACAAAAUCACUACUACUCGCAGUCGCCGUGGAAGUUCCAAUAAACAACCGCUCGAAACGAUUCCUCAGGAUUUGCACCUCGUUGAUCAAGAGGAGAAGGCAAUAGAGGAGGAAAAGAUAGUGACCGCAACCAAAAAGGGCUCGGCUGUUCUCGAUCAAUGGCUUCCGGAUCACAUAAAAAUGCAGUAUCAUGUUCUUGAACUGGGCGGUGACAUCUAUGAUGCUGUGUUGAACCAGACAAAUGUUGGGGACAACAAUAACAAGUUCUAUAUCAUUCAAGUUCUUGAAUCUGAUGAUGGUGGUAAGUUCCUUGUUUACAAUAGAUGGGGAAGGGUAGGCAUAAAGGGCCAAGACAAGUUACAUGGCCCUUACUCUUCACGUGAAAGUGCCAUCCGGGAGUUUGAACAAAAGUUCUUAGCCAAGUCCAAGAAUGCUUGGUCUGAUAGGAACAAUUUUGUUUUCCAUCCAAAGAGUUAUGUAUGGCUGGAAAUGGACUACAGUAGCAAGGAAAAAGAAUCUACAGUUACAGAAAGUCCUGGUCAUGUUCUGAGAAAGCAGCCUAUGGAAUCAAAACUUGAGCCACGCAUUGCAAAAUUUAUAUCACUUGUUUGCAAUUUGAGCAUGAUGAAUCAGCAGAUGAUGGAAAUAGGGUACAAUGCAAACAAGUUGCCCCUCGGAAAACUUAGCAAAUCAACAAUUUUAAAGGGCUACAAUGUUCUCAAAAGACUUGCUGAUGUGAUUGAUAACUUUGAUAGGAAAGCUCUAGAACAAUUAAGCGGAGAGUUCUACACUGUAAUUCCUCAUGACUUUGGAUUUAAAAAAAUGCGAGAGUUUGUAAUCGACACCCCUCAGAAGUUAAAGCGCAAGUUGGAAAUGGUUGAAGCUCUUGCUGAAAUCGAGGUUGCCACAAAACUAUUGAAAGAUGAUGCGGAAAUGGAGGGAGAUCCCCUGUAUGCUCAUUAUCAACGCCUUCACUGUGAACUGGUACCAGUUGAAUUCGGUACUGAGGAAUUCUCCAUGAUUGAAAAUUAUAUGAAGAACACUCAUGCAAAAACACAUUCAAACUACACUGUGGAAAUUGUCCAAAUAUUCAGGACAUCGAAAGAAGGCGAGACUGAACGCUUCAGGAAGUUUUCUAAUACAAAGAAUAGGAUGCUUUUGUGGCAUGGGUCUCGGCUCACAAACUGGACUGGAAUUUUAUCUCAAGGUUUGCGCAUAGCUCCUCCAGAGGCACCUGUAAGUGGCUACAUGUUUGGUAAAGGGGUGUACUUUGCUGACAUGUUCUCAAAAAGUGCAAAUUAUUGCUAUCCUACUCCUACUGCUGCAGAUGGCGUGCUCCUUUUAUGUGAGGUUGCACUGGGUGAGAUGGCCGAGCUUCUUACUGCUAAAUAUGACGCUGAUAAGUUGCCAGAAGGAAAACUAAGCACAAAAGGAGUCGGAGCUACAGCUCCCGAUUUUUCAAAAGCUCAGGAGCUUGAGGAUGGGCUCAUAGUUCCCCUUGCAAAGCCCAAAAAGAAUUCAGGCACUAAGGGUGCUCUAUUGUACAAUGAAUACAUUGUUUAUAAUGUGGAGCAGAUUAGGAUGCGUUAUGUUGUUAACGUUAAAUUCAAUUUUAGGAGCAGAAGGUAGCAACCAUACGUGCUUAAAAGAUGUGUAUCUUUCAUCAUUAUCUUGUUUGCCAAGUCUUCUGUGUAAAUUCUUUUUACUGAGAAAAAAGAAAUGGUUUUCACUGUAUUUUGGUUGGGUUUUUGGGUCGAGUACUAAUAGAUUGAGUACCUCUUGUACUUUUUCCAUCUU